AUGGAGUAUCCUCAACUGGACGUGACCAUUACUGAUAGACCGGAAGUGCUCAGUCUGAUCUCGGCUAAUGUAGAAGCUAAUGGUCUGCAGGCGAGGGUUGAAGCAUUCGAUUGGUCGAAUCGUGCACAUCAUGAGAAGAUCAGUGCUGAGCAUUGGGAUGUGGUAUUGGCAGCUGAUGUGGUUUACUUUGAAGAGCAAGAUCCAUUACUCUAUGCUCUCUCGGCGGUCGCUAAGGACAGGCCGGAGACACUCGUUGUGUUGGCUUAUAGGACACGAACUCCAGAAGAUUUACAAUAUCUCCAACAACGUGUAUUGUCUGCGUUUAGAUUAGUUGAUCGAUUUUCGGUAGAUGCACCAGAGUGCGGCCAGUCGGAGAUACUCUUGUUGCGAUGGAGAGACGAUGAAAAUUGA